UGGCACUUCCCCGAAAGUUUCCUCCCCUUCAAGCUCGGUAUGGAAAGUCCUUCUCCUUUUCUCGAUCCUCUCUCCCUCAUCGAUCUCCAGUCUCCUCUUCUUUUAUUCCUCUACGAGUUGGAGCCGGGCGGCGGCGACGGUGCUAGUGGUGGAGGAAAUGGGGCGCGGGAAGAUCGAGAUCAAGCGGAUCGAGAAUUCCACCAACCGGCAGGUCACCUUCUCCAAGCGCCGCAAUGGGAUCAUUAAGAAGGCGAGAGAGAUCAGCAUCCUCUGCGAAGCGCAGGUCUCCGUCGUCAUAUUCUCAAGCUCUGGCAAGAUGUCCGAGUACUGCAGCCCCUCCACCACUUUGCCGAAGGUUUUGGAGAGGUACCAGACGAACUCCGGCGAAAAGCUCUGGGAUGCAAAGCACGAGAGUUUGAGUGUUGAAAUUGAACGAGUUAAGAAAGAGAACGACAACAUGCAGAUUGAACUAAGGCAUCUCAAGGGUGAGGAUCUGAACUCCCUUUACCCAAAAGAAUUAAUUCCAAUCGAAGAAGCCCUUCAGAUUGGCCUUACAAGCGUAAGGGAGAAGCAAAUGGAGAUCUGGAAGAUGCACAAGAAGAAUGAAAAGUUGCUUGAGGAGGAGAACAAGCAACUGACUUAUAUGCUGCACCAUCAGCAAUUGGCAAUGGAUGGAAGCGUGCAGGGACUAGAGCUUGGAUACAAAGAAAGGGAGUUUGCUCCACAAAUGACUAUGGCCUUCCGUGUGCAGCCAAUCCAGCCUAACUUGCACGAAAGCAAAUGAUGACAAUAUCUCACAUUUGUUCAGAUGUUGUAGAUGCUAAAUUAUCUUAGAAGGAUUAUCUAUAGGUACCUUCUGUAUUUUUAACAUGGAGAACUUGCUACUGUGUUUGAACUACGUUGCUGAAGGUGUUAUAUUGUGCGAAUGAAUGCUUGUUUUUACCUAA